AUGGAGCCAGGCCACACACUAAUCCUUCUCAAUCAUACAACUCUGACCCUGGAUCCCAGCUCCGGUCCUGGACCUUUUGUCCUUCUGGGCAUUCCAGGACUAGAAGGUGCCCAUGCCUGGCUUUCUGUGCCCAUCUGUCUCUUGUAUCUGGCUGCAGUGAUUGGGAAUUCCCUGCUCUUGGUCCUCAUGGCGGCAGACCCAGCCUUUCAGGCUCCUAUGUACCAGCUGCUAGGCAUGCUCGCUGCAGCUGACCUGGUGCUGUCCACAGCUACAGUGCCCAAAGCCCUGAGUGUGCUUUGGGGCUUCUCCGGAGAGAUUUCCUUUGGGGCCUGCCUGGCUCAACUCUUCUUUGCCCACGUGGCCUUCGUGGCAGAGUCCUCAGUGCUGCUGACCAUGGCCCUGGAUCGCUAUUUGGCUAUCUGCUGGCCGCUGCACUACGGAACUCUCCUCACUCCCCGAGUGGUGGGAGCCGCGGGAGGCGUUGCCUUAGUUCGGGGAAUGUGUGUGAUGGCGCCGCCUAUAGCGUUGCUUCAGAAGUUGCCUUACUGUGGGAGGAGAGCAAUACCGCACACGUACUGCGAGCAUAUGGGCGUGGCGCGGCUGUCCUGCGGGGAUACCCAAGUUAACAUCUGGUACGGUCUGGCCACCACGCUGCUGUCACCGGUCCUAGACGUCGGGCUCAUUGCCGUGUCCUACGCGUUCAUCCUCCGCGCCAUCUUCCGCCUGCCAUCCAGGGGCGCUCGCCGCAAAGCCCUCAGCACUUGUGGGGCCCACGCCAGCGUCAUCCUCCUCUUCUACAUACCCGCUCUCUUCUCCUUCCUCACCCACCGCUUUGGGAGACACACGGUCCCGGCACACGUCCACAUCCUUCUGGCCAAUCUCUAUGUGGUGAUCCCACCCGCUCUCAACCCCAUCGUCUACGGCGUCAGGACGCGGCGUAUUGCCCAGAGAAUCCUGCGCUUGCUGGCACCCAGCCGAGUAGGGGUGGGAAGGGAAUAG